GUUAUAAAAAGGGCGACGGUGGGGUGGCCUGUCAGAUGGUUUGUUGUUAUUCCGUCUGCCAGGUUGUGACGGGAAAGCGAAAGUUGGACGAGCGGGAAUUCGAGAACGGCCACCGAUGGAGAUAAAGUUGUAGAACAAGAAUUCUUUUUUUUUUUACAGGUAUUUGAAAGGCAAAAGAGAGAAGACAGAACCUUUUGAAGGUUUUUGGAAGGUGGAAGAUGAGAGAAGAGGUGUCCUGCACUAACUCCCCCGAAGGAGGUCUAGGGGCCAGCGAAGAAGAACUGGAAAGAGGCUCCAAGAAGAGCCAGCAGGCGGGUCACCGAAAACGAUCUCCUCAUCCCAAGAAAGAUAAUCUGGCUCAGACGGAGGACAGCGUCGCCGGCAGUCCCACCGGCCUCCUGCCGUCCGGGCCCAAGAGGGUGAAGAAGAGUCCCUCGGCCGUGGUGAGCCUGGCCCCCGCCUCGCUAGGCCCGCGGCCCGACCAGCCCUUCGAGGACCUCCACUCCCAGCGGGUGAUCGCCAACGUGCGGGAGCGCCAGCGCACCCAGUCCCUCAACGACGCCUUCGCCUCGCUACGCAAGAUCAUUCCGACGCUCCCUUCGGACAAGCUGAGCAAGAUCCAAAUCCUGAAACUGGCGUCGCGCUACAUCGACUUCUUGUACCAGGUGCUGCAGAGCGACGAGAUGGACGCUAAACUGGCCAGCUGCAACUACCUGGCCCAUGAGAGGCUGAGCUACGCAUUCUCCGUCUGGAGGAUGGAGGGCGCCUGGGCCAUGUCCGCCAGCCACUAGGACCCCCUCACUCACGUUUCCCCCUCUCUCUCUCUCUCUCUCUCUCUCUCUCUCUCUCUCUCUCUCUCUCUCUCUCUCUCUCUCUCUCUCUCUCUCUCUCUCUCUCUCUCUCUCUCUCAAUCUUUUAUUCUACAUUUCUUAUUUAAAUCUUAUUGCCUAAUGUCUCAUGUCAUCCAUCAAUCUGCACCCCUUCCAAAUUCACUUCCACUGUUCCCCUCUUAUCUGUCCCAACCUUGUGGCUGUUGCUGGAAGACGCUCCACUGCUAACCCUCAGAAAGCCAACAAGUGGAAAAUUCCGGCGGACAACAAAAAAAAACGUCAUCCAGACUUUCUUUGGCGGAACUUUUCCCCUCUCCCUUGGACCCUUGCUUGCCUCCAACUUGACUCUGAACUGAGUGAGGAGACGUGACAAUCCAGAAGUGGACUCUUCCAAACGAUGCUUUCAUCAACAACCAGCUGGCCUGCAGUGACAAUGAAACAAGACGGGCGCCCACAAGCGCUUCGGACGGGAAUGUUUACAGCUAAAAUGCUAAUAAGCUAAUCACUCCAGCUCCGGCUCUCAAAGGCCCCACUCGUGGGAAGACGGAGCGCAUGAGGAAUCAAAUCUGAUUUGGUUCUGCAGUGGUUGGACACCUUUCCGCAUCUGAUUCUCUUUUGUAAAUAGAAUGAACUGCUUCCAACAUCCACACAUGCAGAAGCAUUUCUUCUUCUGUAGAGUCUGUGCUGUCAUACUGUCAUGCAAGAAUAUACGAUUGAUGUAUUUCUGGCAUUUCAUGAGGCAAAUGUGUUUUAAAAUGUUGAUUAGGAAUGCUACAUCAUUUAGCGGUGCAGAAGUUGCUCUUCAAUUUGUAUAGUUUUGCAUCCGCUUAUGAUCUUUGUUGUGUCAGCUCCUGUGGCCAAUAAACCUUUUUUUUUUGUA